AUGCUUGCGGCUAUUCAGCAGAACACCCGUUUGCUUCUCGACAUGGCUGCUCAUAUGAAGAGAAUCGCCCGAGCUGUUGAAUCUAUCCCCCUGCAUCUUUCGCUUGACAUCAUACGACUUGAUGAUGCUCUCGGGGAGAGUUGGGGACUGCCUAUGCAGGCGUGUCAAACAUGGCAGUCGUUCAAAAACAUACUGACAGUAGUCGUCUACGCGAAUGAACGCCCCGGUCUGAACUAUAUAAUCCAGGACCAAUUCCAAGUGACUCUUGCAAAGACGGGGCGUAAGAUUGUGGAAAAUAAUCAAUGGACGUCACUAGUCAAUGCUGGUGCCCAUCUACAGCAGGCCAUGAUCGUUCCGGAACUUCCUUAUAUGGAAGGUGCUUGCCCACAUUCUGGUUGCUCUGGUACACUGGUGAGCGAGAUUGGCGAAAUUGACAAGAAAUGCUCUACGUGUGGGCGAAUCACAAAUACGGAGAGGCUGGUCCCCCAACUACUUCGAGUUUAUCCUGAGAGACGGUUGGAUUCAAUAUUGCCUAACGAAGAUGAACCACCUCCUGCCCAGGCCAGCACCCAACAGACACGUCCACACCAUUCGACUAGCUCCAUACGACCGAUCGUAGAUCACACACACCUGUUUCGCCGUAUACAAGUCUACGAGCGACAGCCUCCUCUUUCCUCUAAGGAAGAAGCGUACGAAAAACUAGCAGAGGAUGCAUCCCACUUUCAAGCUAAUUUAUAUCUUGGAUGGCAUGCUCUUAGCAUUGAGUCAAAUGAUGAAGCCAUUCGUCGCCUGAAACAGGCUGUUGCUGCAGGUAUGCUUAUUCAUUGGUCGUGCAAAGAAGAGGGAAUUGACAAGCUCAACAUAGACAACGGCGACUGGGUUGCCUUCUAUCUUCUGGCGAUGGCUUUCCUGGAACUGGAUCGUCACAAAGAAGCACAUGACGCACUCCAGCAAGCCGUAUAUCGCAACGGGCGUGUUCCUGACAUCUGGAUUGCUGUGGCUAUCCUGUUCUUCAAGAUAAACCAGUACCGUGAUAGUCUAGAUGCGCUAACAAGAAGUAUUCGACUUAAUCCUCAUACAUGGGAGUCGUGGUAUAAUCUUGGGGUCCUGUAUGACCAAUGCAGCCAACCAGCUGAUGUCAUGGAUGCUCUUGGUCGAGCCUCUGAGCUAAAGCCUUCUCACCCUGAGAGCCGUCGUCGAUUAGAAGAGUUGAAGGGAUUGGAACCAGGCGCUCCUGGGGAGCAUCUCAACAUCAUGAUCCACUGUGAAUUGGUCCAUAUAUCAGAACCGAUACCCGUAUUCAUCGAGGAUGAAAGUAUCCCUGUCAAUCCGCUCAAUCUCAAAGAUGAGGAAGAAUGGCUCACCGAGAGGGAAGGAGACGGAGAUACGGGCGAUGUAUUUGAGGGCGUGGAUAACGAUGUUCUCCACUAUAUCAUGAGCGAUGCAGAAGUUUAA